AUGGAGAUUCUCCAAGAACGGGAAGAAAUCCCAGAAAUACCAAAGAUGUUCAGGGAAGAGGAAAGGAGAGACUCUGUUCCAAACUCUGAUAGCAUCCUGGAGAGGCAGAAGAUCCUUAAAGGGAGAUGGCUGCUUAAUACAGCUAGAAAGACGGAAUCUGGGGAAGCAAGACUCCCACCAUCAGCAAAGACGCCCAGAUCCCAUGGCGUGGAAACAAAGUGUGGUCAAACUGUUAUAGAAGAAAAAGAUCACAAUGCUAUCGUCAAGGGUAGUUGUUGUUUCUACAGGUCACCAACGACAGAAGCAACGGCGUGGUCUGAAAAUAUGGACACAGUUUUAACCAACCAAGCUGGUCUAGAUGCUUUUCGGACAUUUCUAAAAUCAGAGUUUAGUGAAGAAAAUGUUGAGUUCUGGCUUGCCUGUGAAGACUUCAAGAAAACAGAAAGUGCAGAAAAAAUUGCUUCUAAGGCCAAGAUCAUUUAUUCUGAAUUCAUUGAAGCUAACGCCCCUAAAGAGGUUAACAUUGACUUCAGUACCAGGGACCUCAUCUCGAAGAAUAUUGCAGAACCAACUCUCAAAUGUUUUGAUGAGGCUCAGAAGUUGAUCUACAGUCUCAUGGUCAAGGAUUCUUUUCCUCGAUUUCUAAAGUCAGAGAUCUAUAAGAAACUCGUAAAUAGCAAACAGGUUGGAAAUCAUAAAAAAUGGCUCCCUUUCUUGUAA